ACAAACGCAUACUACUAUAACUGCGUAUGUAAUUUCAUCCCGGGAAAAAGUAAGACCAAUCCAAAAGAAUUGUGUGCUUGACUAGGAGAAAAAUGUCUGAGACUGGUAUAGAUUGUCUAUCGAGCUUAUAAUUCUCAAGCAUGCGGGGUUCUAUGACGCCAGAGCCGAAGUGAAGCAAGCUGGGAACCUUUGGUAGGAUUUGGUACCUUGACAGUUGAAGACGUUGGUGAUGGUGUUCGGCGAAUCUCACCUACGCUAGAGAUGGCGGGCAUGAUGGUAAUCCCCAAGUGAAGAUAAGAUUUCGUUGGAGCUGUCUAAAGAAAUCUUUCGAAGCAUUUGCAAUUACACUGGUCUGUUUUGAAGCAAUGAUUGCCCAAAGUUACAGUUCCAGAGAGUUGGGGCACGAACUUCUCCAAAAUGCAGUUCAAACCCACGUCUUUCCUACAUGUGAGCUUCAAACGUGUCCAUCUUAUUUCCAACCUAGGGUUUCUUUAGGGUCUAGUCUCCUUCCCCAGGGCUUACUGAGGAGACAAGACUGCUAUUUUUCCUUCACCUUGCAAUCUAUGGCAGCGGGUCAAAGGCAUGGAAACACUGCAAAUCCACUAGCCAGACAACAAAAUUGUAGGGGUUUUCUAGGGUUUAAGCUUCAGUGCGGCGCAAGAACACUGGUUUCGUCCCCAAAAUUUUCAUCUGGCGGUAGGAAAAAGAGGUACGGGGGUGUGUUUUUACCUUCAAUUUUGCGGUCUUUGGAGUCUGAAGUCGAUCUUGAGGGGACUCUAAAUUUGUAUUGCGGAAACCUCAAUCCUAAAGAACAGACUGUUAUUCUAAAAGAGCAGGGCAGUUGGGAGAGGGUGGUUCGAAUUUUUGAGUGGAUGAAAUCGCAGAAAGAGUACUUACCCAAUGUAAUUCACUACAACAUUGUGCUUCGAGCAUUGGGUAGGGCUCAAAAGUGGGAUGAGCUGCGGCUUUGUUGGAUUGAAAUGGCUAGAAAUCGUGUAUUACCAACAAAUAAUACAUAUGGAAUGCUUGUUGAUGUGUAUGGAAAAGCAGGUCUUGUAAAGGAAGCGCUUUUGUGGAUUAAGCACAUGAAGAGUAGAGGAAUUUUCCCUGACGAAGUUACAAUGAAUACAGUUGUGCGGGUUCUCAAGGAUGUGGGGGAAUUUGAUCAGGCAGAUAAGUUUUAUAAGGAUUGGUGCAUUGGACGAAUUGAACUGGACAGUCUUGAUUUGGACUCUAUUGCAAAUUCUGAUUGUGAUUCUAGCUCAGACCCCAUUAGCUUUAAACACUUUUUGUCAACUGAGCUUUUCAAGACAGGUAGGAGAGUUCCUCCUUCAAAAAUUGUGGAUUCAUUGGAUAUUGACAGCUUGGUUCGAAAACCUAGACUUACAGCAACAUAUAAUACUCUGAUUGAUUUGUAUGGAAAAGCAGGUCGCUUGAAGGAUGCAGCUGAUGUGUUUGGAGAAAUGUUAAAAUUGGGGGUGGCUAUGGAUGUUAUUACUUUCAAUACUUUGAUCUUUACCUGUGGGAGUCACGGUCACUUGUCAGAGGCAGAAUCCUUGCUUAGCAAGAUGGAAGAAAGGGGAAUUCCUCCCGAUACUAAGACUUACAACAUCUUUUUAUCCCUGUAUGCGGAUGCUGGGAACAUUGAUGCAGCUUUGAAGUUUUAUAGGAAGAUUAGGGAGGUGAAUCUGUUUCCGGAUAUUGUGACACAUAGAGCUGUUCUCCAUGUAUUGUGUCAGAGGAAUAUGGUUCUAGAGGUGGGGGCUGUGAUGGAAGAAAUGGAGAAAGCUGAUUUGCAUAUUGAUGAGCAUUCUUUACCUGCUGUUAUUAAGAUGUAUGUCAAUGAAGGAUUGCUUGACAAUGCAAAAAUCCUUUUUGAAAAGCGUCACUUGAUAGGUGGGUUGCGGUCAAGGACGUAUGCAACAAUUAUGGAUGCAUAUGCUGAGAAAGGACUUUGGACUGAGGCUGAGGCUGUGUUUGUCACGAAGAGGGAUUUAGUUGGACAGAAUAAGGAUGUUUUGGAAUAUAAUGUCAUGAUCAAAGCUUAUGGUAGGGCAAAGCUGUAUGAUAAGGCUUUCUCUCUCUUCAGGGGCAUGAAAAAUCAGGGGACUUGGCCGGAUGAGUGCACUUAUAAUUCCCUCAUCCAGAUGUUUUCUGGGGGUGAUUUAGUGGAUCAAGCAAUGAACCUCUUAGCUGAAAUGCGAGGAGCAGGACUUACCCCACAAUGUCUAACUUUCUCAGCUGUUAUUGCAAGCUAUGCUCGUUUGGGUCGGCUUUCUGAUGCAGUUGAUGUUUACCAAGAAAUGGCUAGAGCAGGGAUAAAACCAAAUGAAGUUGUGUUUGGGACUUUAAUUAAUGGAUUUGUCGAAGCUGGCAGAGUUGAAGAAGCUCUCCAAUAUUUAAGCAUGAUGGAAGAACUUGGAAUUUCAGAAAAUCAGAUAGUCUUGACUUCCUUGAUUAAAGCUUAUAGUAAAAUGGGGUGCUUGGAAGGAGCAAAACAACUGUAUGAGAAGAUGAAAAGGUUGGAGGGUGGUCCGGAUAUUGUUGCAUCAAAUAGCAUGAUCAAUUUUUAUGCGGAUCUUGGGAUGGUAUAUGAGGCCAAAUUGAUUUUUGAUAAUUUGAAGGAAAAUGGUUGGGCAGAUGGGUGUUCGUUUGCGACAAUGAUGCAUCUUUACAAGAGCAUGGGCAUGCUUGGAGAUGCCAUUGAAGUUGCUGAGGAGAUGAAACAGUUGGGUUUACUGAGAGACUGCAUGUCAUUUAACCAAGUGAUGGCAUGUUAUGUUGCGAAAGGACAACUAGGCAAGUGUGGUGACUUGUUGCAUGAGAUGGUAAUUCAGAAGAUUUUUCCUGACAGUGGGACCUUUAAAGUAUUAUUUACUGCAUUGAAGAAGGGUGGCAUUCCAAUUGAAGCAGUAUCACAACUCGAGUCAUCUUACCAAGAAGGGAAGCCUUAUGCAGGGCAAGCCGUAAUCACCUGUGUUUUCUCUGCAGUGGGUUUGCAUCACUAUGCACUUGAAUAUUGUGAAGCUUUAAUAAAAGCUGAGACUGAUCUUGAUUCUUAUGCAUACAAUGUGGCAAUUUAUGCUUUUGGGGCUUCUGGGAAGAUUGACAAAUCAUUGAACAUUUUCAUGAGAAUGCAAGAUAAGGGGCUAGAACCUGAUCUUGUUACUCUAAUUAAUCUGGUACAUUGUUAUGGAAAAGCUGGUAUGAUUGAAGGUGUGAAGCGAGUUCAUAGCCAACUAAAAUAUGGAGAUAUUGAGCCCAAUGAAUCUUUGUUCAAAGCUGUUAUGGAUGCCUACAGAAAUGCCAACAGGCAUGAGCUUGCUGAACUAGUUAACCAUGAGAUGCGAUUUGCUUUUGAUGCAGAAGAAUUUCCUGACUCUGAAUUUGAAGAGGAGCCUGACGAAAUUUUUCUAAACACUUAGAUUCAAUUUUUUAAAAUAUUAUGUGGUAACAAGUUCCCUAAACUGCAUUUUGUACAGAAGCUGUGUUUGUAUUAUCAUAUGUAUUGUAUCAUCAAUCUCAACAAUCAACCAUUGGAAGAUGUAUGAUUGAUAUAUUUUGAGUUUUGACUGAAUUUAUGUAAAAUGUGGGCGCAGCUUUGUCUCCUCGGGGGCUAUUUGCAAGAUUUGUUUAUUUAUUAAGUUAUUUAUUUCUUAAAA